AAAAGGGAAAUUUGACAAUAUAUGCUUAAAUAUAGCAUAUAUUGUUUUAAUAUACUAUGUAAAAAAAAAUUAAAAAAAUACUCUCCAAUUAAUUAUAAUCCCAACUUUACCCUCCCCAUUUCAAACUUUCACUCUCCCUCUAACUCUCAGUUUUCUCACUCUCUCUCUCUCUCUCUCUCUCUCUCUCGUUCUCACGCAAACCAGACAACCCAUACCCCAGUCACCGGACCACCCCUCACUCACCGGACCACCCACGACACCCACCCCUCACGCAAACCAGACAGCCCUCACCCCACUCACGGACCACCCCCUCACCACCCGACCCCAGCAUCCAGAGGAAAUCGCGAAACCCAUCUCAGACGACAUCGCGAACUCUUCGAAGAAGAAAUCGUGAAACCCCAGACGAGAUCGAGAAACCCCCAUUCGCGACACCCCCAAACGAAACCCAGAUCCAAAACCUUAAAAAAAGAUGGCUCCUGAACUUAAACUUCCAAUUACCUCUCAUUUCACGGGACGUCUUACCUAUCGGGGUACAGAUAGGUUCAGAUAUAUCAAGGCCAAGUUUACUGAGAUGGAUUUGGUUGAGACAGUGAAGGCUAGUCCUUUCGGACACUUUUGGGAAGCUGGAGAGUUAACUUUCUCUGGCGCGUUGGUCCACAGCCUCCUCUUACGAAAAAUGAAAGUGGACACAGAAAAGGAGGAUGAGGUUUGGUUUCAUGUAGGGAGAAAUGACAUGAGAUUCGGACGGAUAGAGUUUGGACUCAUUACUGGCUUACCUAUGGGUAGUGCCCCUACGGAGGAGGAAAUACACGCCAAGUCCAACGACCAUCUAGUUCGGACUUAUUUUGAAGGGAAGAGUUCUGUUCAGUUGGACUCCCUUAUGAUCCAACUUGAGAGGUGCGAAGAUAAAGAUGAUGCCUACAAGCUUGGACUGAUCGCUUUCAUUGAAGGUGUAUUAGUAUCAAAGGAGGGCAAUGUCCAAGUUUGGCCUGAGAUGUUGAAGUUUGUUAACGAUCUCGACUUCUUCUUUAAGUAUCCGUGGGGCGAGCGCGCUUUUCGUAAGCUGAUGGAGACAUUAGGAAAGAAUAUGCAACAUUACAAGGAUAAUGUUGACAAGAAGAAGGGGAAGAAGAUUGCUCAGGAGGCAAAGUACACAGUUAGUGGCUAUGUACCUGCCUUUCAGUACUGGGCAUACGAAGCAAUUGAGAAGUUGGGGAAGAAGUAUGCCCACUGCAACGGGACCAAGUUCCCCAGAAUGUUGAGCUGGAAAACACCGGAGGGCCAGCGGAAACAAGAUGUCAAGGCAACCGACAUUGCACUGUUAUUCAACAGUCGGUUGGUGGUGAAGAAGUGCUUGUUUCCCCGGCCCAGUGAAGAGGCAUACUUCAAGAGUAUUAAUGAGGGUAGAGCCCCUCUUUGCUUUGAGAUGGACGUAGAACAGACGGUGGACGUUGAUGGUACACAAGAGUCUGUGUUUGAAACUCAAGCGAAGACCAUCAACGAGGCCGUGACAAAGGCAAAUUUAGUUCCACCACCACCGGCACCUGAAGUACACGAGCCAUCUACUUCAGCAGGUCCUUCUGCUCCAACCAGUACAACUGUGGAUACUGACCUUGUAAAGAGGUUGGAUAGCAUUGAGGCCCGGCUAGAGAAGCUUGAGUCCCAAGAAGAAGCGCGUCAUGUUGGCACGUACGGGGGUUAG